AUGAAAAAGUUUGCACUCUUUGAUUUUGCAAAUGACAGCUCCCUCCGUGUAGGAGAGACUUCAUGGAUACAGGAUCUUCCCCAUAAUGACAAUGAAGCUGCAAGUCUCCCAAAGACAAAUGAGAAUGUAUUAGUAAAUUGGCCAGUGGAGGAGAAAAAGACAGAGAAACAGUUAGCAAAAAUAGUUUCCAUGAGUGAUGAUCCUCAAGAGCUGAUUGAAAUUACUAAGAAGAUGUUAGAAGCAGAUGAAAAGAAGAUUUUAGAAGCAGAUGAAACACAAGGGCUUCAAAAAAGAAAAAGGAAACAAACUGAAACACUUAUCUCAAAGAAUAAAGAAAGGGAAAGUGAUCAAGAACAGGAACAGAUAACCAAGAGUACAAAAAGAAAAAAAUCCCUACAGGCUUCUCCUGCUAAUGAACUGAAUCACCUGGAAACACCUUUGACGGACAAACUGAGAGAACCUUCUUCCGGAAUUGCCCUUCUGCCCACUGAAAGCAGCAGUGAUGAUGAAGAGUCUUUAAUCCAGUUAUCAAAAGUGGAAUUGUGUGCCAAAAUAAAAAAUCUGAAACAGAAACUCUCUGACAGCAUGACAGAAAACUGCCGUCUUCGGCAGUCACUGGUAACACUUCAAGUGUUACCCCAGGCAGUUACCCAGUUUGAAGAGUUGGUGGGCUUAGCUGAAGCACUGCUUAAAAGGGGAAGAGCCCCCUCUGCAUCCAGUCUUCAUUCCCAAGGCAUCUGGAAGGCUGCAGGAAAUUCUGUCCCAGAUUCCAGGUUUACAGUGGACAGUGAUUCCAAUUCACCUAUCUCCUUGAAGAUGGAAGAGGAAGAACAUUCUACUGACAAAGAGUUCAAGAUUGAAAAAUGGCAGAUUGCCCUUUGCAACAAGAGUAAACCCCAGAAAUUUAUAAAUGAUAUAAUGCAAGCACUUUAUACCAAUGAAUAUAUGGCAACACACAGUUUAACAGGGGCCAAAUCCUCUUCUUCUAAGGAAAAAGCAGCAAAACCAGCUAUGAAUCAAAAUGAAGUCCAGGAAAUCAUAGGGGUCACAAAACAGUUAUUUCCCAACACAGAUGAUGCUUUAAUUAGGAGAAUGAUGGGUCAAAAGUUAAAUAACUGUACUAAGAAGCCAAUUUUAAGCCAAGAUCUUAAUCCCCAUGUUUUUAGGAAGCAUGCCUUUUGGUAA